GGGUAGCGUACAGCAGGACGAGGCAGGCGGCUUACGAUUGACUGCUGGAGCAACAUGAACAUCAUAGGAGAACCCGUAACAAUGAGACGGUGACAGUGCAUUAAGGUGUAUUAUCUAAACAAUAACAUAACGGGAACAAUACACGAUAAGAAUGGGAACGAGUGGCCCCACCGCAUUAUGGCAACGGUGAAAUAAAGACAACAGGAUUUAUGCUUCCAGGAUGAUCCCGUUUCGGAAUCAAGGUGCACUCUUUUAGUUCGUGACGAAGAACCGACCAAUGGUUUCCAAUCAGAAUAUUUUAUUUGUUUUAAGUAGAAAAAACUGUCGGUAUUGUUUACUAAUUUGUUGAUGAAAGGAUCUCCACGGCGAUGUCUCUUCCACCACAUUCGGAAACUCGGAAGUUCACACGGGGUCUAAGCAAACCUGGAACUGCGGCCGAGUUGAGGCAAAGCGUGUCCGAGGUUGUCAGGACGUCCGUCCUUGUAGUGAAGCCGAAGCUGAUUGAGCCGCUGGACUAUGAGGCGGUGCUGGUGCAGAGGAAGACCCAGAUCCUCAGCGAUGUGCUGCGGGACAUGUUGCAGUUCCCCCUGGAGGACUUCCAGAUAUUAACCCUCCGACGGCAGGGCAGGACGCAGUUCCCCUCAGUGCCCAAAAACGCAGAGGAGGCGGCGCAGAGUCUGUUCGUGCAGGAGUGCAUCAAGACCUAUAUCUCUGACUGGCACGUCCUUAACUACAAAUAUGAAGAUUACUCGGGAGACUUCCGUCAGCUGCCACAUAAGGUGCCCAGGCCAGAGAAGUUGGCCGUCCAUGUGUUCGAGGUGGAUGAAGACGUGGACAAAGAUGAGGACACAGCCUCACUUGGGUCACAGAAGGAUGAGGUCUCCAAACAUGGCUGGCUCUACAAAGGCAACAUGAACAGCGCCAUCAGUGUCACAAUGAGGUCGUUUAAGAGGAGAUACUUCCACCUGAGCCAGCUGGGGGACGGCUCGUACAACCUCAACUUCUACAAGGAUGAGAAAAUCUCCAGGGAGCCAAAGGGGACCAUCUUCCUGGAUUCCUGCAUGGGGGUCAUCCAGAACACGAAGGUGAAGCGCUUUGCCUUCGAGCUGAAGAUGCAGGAUAAGAGCACCUACCUGCUGGCUGCCGACAGCGAGGCCGAGAUGGAUGAGUGGAUCAGCACCCUCAACAGGAUCCUGCACAGCAGCUUUGAGAUCGCCAUGCAGGAGAAGAGGAACGGAGACCUGCACGACGAUGAGGAGCUGGGCAAGGCGGACAGCGGGAGUUUAGACAGCUUCCAGAGCACGAGAGACAUCGAGUGUAAAAUCCGGAGUGAGACCAGGCUGAAGUUGUUCACCUUGGACCCCGACACACAGAAACUGGACUUCUCAGGAAUCGAGCCAGACAUCAAGCCGUUUGAGGAAAAAUUUGGGAAGCGCAUUUUGGUGAACUGCAAUGACCUGUCCUUCAACCUGCAGAGCUGUGUGGCUGAGAACGAAGAGGGGCCAACAACAAAUGUGGAGCCGUUUUACGUCACCCUGUCACUCUACGACAUCCAGAACAACAGGAAGAUCUCGUCCGACUUCCACGUGGACCUGAACCACCCCUCGGUCCGACAGAUGGUGUCCAGCCCUGGGGGCCAGCUCGUGAACGGGGCCGGAGAUUCCCCCCAGGACGAGCAGAGGCUCCCCAGUGGCUUACCAGAGUCACUGCUGCAGUACCCCAGACAGGGCGUGUUCUCCGUGACAUGUCCCCACCCGGACAUAUUCCUGGUGGCGCGCAUCGAGAAGGUUCUGCAGGGUGGCAUCACACACUGUGCAGAGCCCUACAUGAAGAGCUCUGACUCCAACAAGACUGCUCAGAAGGUUCUUAAGAAUGCCAAGCUGGCCUGCAGUAGGCUGGGUCAAUACCGCAUGCCUUUCGCCUGGGCAGCCAGGCCGCUGUUCAGAGAUGCAUCCGGAACGCUGGACAAAUCCGCCCGCUUCUCCCCCCUCUACAGGCAGGACAGCGGGAAGCUGUCCAAUGAGGACAUGUUCAAACUGCUGGCAGAUUUCAGAAAGCCAGAGAAGAUGGCCAAGCUGCCUGUAAUCUUAGGAAACCUGGAUGUGACCAUCGACAACGUGGCACCAGACUUGACGAACAGCGUGACGUCAUCCUACAUCCCAGUGCGCCAUUUUGAGACGAACGGGCGGGGCAGCGUCCUGUUGGAGGUGGACGAGUUUGUCCCCUGCAUUGCCAAGUGCUCCCAGCCUUUCACCAUCUACAACAACCACCUGUACCUGUACCCCAAGAGCCUGAAGUACGAUGGGCAGAAGUCAUUCGCCAAGGCCAGAAACAUCGCCGUCUGCAUCGAGUUCAGGGACUCGGACGAGGAGGACGCCCAGCCCCUCAAGUGUAUAUAUGGCCGUCCAGGUGGACCGCUGUUUGCCAAAAAUGCCUUCGCUGCAGUGCUGCACCACCAACAGAACCCAGAGUUCUACGAUGAGGUGAAGAUCGAGCUCCCCAUCCAGCUUCAUGAGAAGCACCAUCUGCUCUUCUCCUUCUACCACGUGAGCUGUGACACCAGCAGCAAGGCCAGCACCAAGAGGAAGGAGCAGGUGGAGACCCAGGUGGGGUACGCCUGGCUGCCCUUGCUGAAGGAGGGCAGGGUGAUCAUGAGCGAGCAGCAGGUCCCUGUAUCGGCCAACCUCCCAGCCGGGUACCUGAGCUCCCAGGAGGGCAUCGGCAAGCAUUCGGGUGCUGAAGUGAAGUGGGUGGACAGCGGCAAGCCUUUGCUCAAGGUGUCCACUCACCUGGUCUCCACAAUCUACACUCAGGACCAGCAUUUGCACAAUUUCUUCCACCACUGCCAGACCUCUGAGCCUGCAGGGGAGGGGGCCGGGGGAGAGCUGGUCAAGUUCCUGAAGAGUCUACAUGCCAUGGAGAGUCAUGUGAUGAUCAACUUCCUGCCCUCCAUCCUCAACCAGCUGUUCCACAUUCUGACCAACCCCACCCAUGACGACCCCAGCGCCACCCAUGAGGAAAUAGCCGUCAAUGUCACCAAGGUCAUGAUCCACAUGGUGUCUCUGUGCCACGAGGAGGGUCUGGAGCAGUACCUGCGCUCCUACAUGAAGUACGUUUUUAAAAUGGAGCCCUACUCUGCUACCAGUGUAAGGACGGUGCAUGAAGAGCUGGCCAAAGCCAUGACAACCAUCCUCAAGCCCUCAACAGACUUCCUCACCAGCAACAAACUGCUAAAGUACUCCUGGUAUUUCUUUGAGGCUCUGCUGAAGUCCAUGGCCCAGUAUUUAAUAGAUAGCUAUAAGGUCAAGCUGUCCCGAAACCAGCGGUUCUCAGCCUCGUACCAUCACGCAGUGGAGACACUGGUGACCAUGCUGAUGCCACACAUCACCCAGAAGGGCAAGGGCAACCUGGAUGCAGCCCGCAACGCCAACCACAGCCUGGCCGUCUUCAUCAAGCGCUGUUUCACCUUCAUGGACAGAGGCUUUGUCUUUAAGCAGAUCAACAACUACGUCAACUGCUUCCUGCCUGGAGACUCAAGGACUCUGUACGAGCUGAAGUUCGAGUUCCUGCGUGUGGUGUGUAACCAUGAACACUACGUCCCCCUCAACCUGCCCAUGCCGUUUGGGAAGGGGAGAAUACAGAGGUUUCAAGAUCUGCAGCUGGACUACUCGCUGACAGAUGACUUCUGUAAGAACCACUUCCUGGUGGGGCUGCUGAUGAGGGAGGUGGGCGGGGCCCUGCAGGAGCUCCGGGAGGUCCGGCAGAUCUCCAUCCAGGUGCUGAAGAACCUGAUGAUUAAGCACACCUUCGACGAGCGCUACGCCUCCAAGAGCCAGCAGGCCAGGCUAGCCACCCUGUACCUGCCUCUCUUCGGCCUGCUGCAGGAGAACGUCCAUCGGCUCAAUGUGAGGGAGGUCUCCCUUUUCCCCAUCAGCUUGUCCAGCAAUAAUGGGAGAGAGGACUCCAUCCUCUCCAGUGCCAUGGUGACCCCACAGAAAGCAGGAAGCGGCCUGGAGAACAGCAGCCUGCAUAAGGAUGUGUUUGGAGCCACAGGCUCUCCUCACUCCUCCUCCACUCCCAACAUUAACUCUGUGCGCCACACUGACUCCCGCGGCUCCCUCAUCAGCACUGACUCGGGGAACAGCCUCGCAGAGAGGAGCAGCGAAAAGGCCAACUCCCUGGAUAAGAGAGCCAGGUUUGCCCGGAGACACUCGGCCCACGUGCUCUGCUUCUUUUCUGAACCGGAAGACACCCCGCCCACCGCCCGCACCAAGCGCAUGACCCUGGACCUCUCUCUGCUCGCAGCCUCAGGGAGCUCUCUGCCAGGGAGGGCCCCGCCCGCCAGCCUGGCACUACAAGGAAGCAAUUUGAGUGUCCUGUAUGAGAGCCAGAACCAGCCUGCCUCAGCCCUGGGGAGCAGCUUCCUGCGCUGUGACAAACUGGAGCAGGCCGAGAUCAAGAGCCUGCUCAUGUGCUUCCUGCACGUGCUCAAGAGCAUGUCUGAAGAUGCGCUGUUCACCUACUGGAACAAGGCCAGCUCUGCAGAGCUGAUGGAUUUCUUCACGCUCGUAGAAGUGUGUCUCCACCAGUUCAGGUACAUGGGGAAGCGUUACAUUGCAAGGCACCAGGAGGGGGCGGGGCCAAGCACACACGAGCGCAAGUCUCAGACGCUGCCUGUGUCCCGCAGCAGGGCAGGGAUGAUGCACGCCCGCUUACAGCAGCUCAGCAGCCUGGACACCUCUUACACGUUCGGCCACACCUACUCCCACUCGGAGGCUGACGUGCUGAACCAGUCCCUGCUGGAGGCCAACAUCGCCACUGAAGUGUGUCUGACAGUACUGGACACCCUCAGCAUCUUCAUCAUGGGCUUUAAGACGCAGCUGUGUGCCGAUCACGGUCACAACCCCCUGAUGAAGAAGGUGUUCGCAGUCCACCUGUGCUUCCUGAGGAUCAACCAAUCAGAGGCUGCCCUCAAGCAGGUCUUCACCUCCCUGCGCACCUUCAUCUACAAGUUCCCGUGCACGUUCUUCGAGGGGCGUGCAGAUAUGUGCGCCUCGUUCUGCUAUGAGAUCCUGAAGUGCUGCAACUCCAAGCUGAGCUCCAUCCGCAGCGAUGCUGCACACCUGCUCUACUUCCUCAUGAAGAGCAACUUCGACUACACCGGCCGCAAGUCCUUCGUCCGCACGCACCUGCAGGUGGUGAUUGCCGUCAGUCAGCUGAUCGCUGAUGUCAUCGGGAUCGGCGGGACCCGGUUCCAGCAGUCUCUCUCCGUCAUCAACACCUGCGCAAACAGCGACAAGACCAUCAAGAACACGGCGUUCCCGUCGGACGUGAAGGACCUGACCAAGCGCAUCCGCACGGUGCUGAUGGCCACGGAGCAGAUGAAGGAGCACGAGAGGGACCCCGAGAUGCUGGUGGACCUGCAGUACAGCCUGGCCAAGUCCUACGCCAGCACCCCUGAACUGCGCAAGACCUGGCUGGACAGCAUGGCGCGCAUCCACGUGAAGAACGGGGACCUGUCCGAGGCAGGGAUGUGCUAUGUCCACGUGGCGGCUCUGGUGGCUGAAUACCUGCGGCGAAAAGCCAUGUUCAAACAGGGCUGCUCGGCCUUCCGACUCAUCACGCCCAACAUCGACGAGGAGGUGGCCAUGAUGGAGGACGCUGGGAUGGAGGACGUGCACUUUAACGAGGACGUGCUGAUCGAGCUUUUGGAGGAGUGUGCUGAUGGCCUGUGGAAAGCUGAGCGCUACGAGCUCAUCUCUGACGUCUACAAGCUGAUCAUCCCCAUUUAUGAGAAACGGCGCGACUUUGAGAAACUGGCCCACCUGUACGAGACACUGCACCGUGCCUACAGCAAGGUCACAGAGGUCAUGCACACGGGGAAGAGGCUUCUGGGAACAUACUUCAGAGUGGCGUUCUUUGGCCAGGGCUACUUUGAGGAUGAGGAUGGUAAAGAGUACAUCUACAAGGAGCCCAAAUUCACACCCCUCUCAGAAAUCUCCCAAAGGCUGCUCAAGCUGUACUCUGAUAAAUUUGGGGCGGAGAAUGUGAAGAUGAUCCAGGACUCAGGAAAGGUGAACUCCAAAGACCUGGACUCCAAGUACGCCUACAUCCAAGUGACCCACGUCACCCCGUUUCUGGAGGAGAAGGACCUGGUGGACAGGAAGACCGAGUUUGAGAGGAGCCACAACAUCCGGCGCUUUGUGUUCGAGACGCCCUUCACCGUGUCCGGCAAGAAGCAGGGCGGGGUGGAGGAGCAGUGCAAACGUCGCACCAUCCUGACCACCACACACUGCUUCCCGUAUGUGAAGAAGCGUAUAGCGGUGAUGUAUCAGCACCACGCAGAUCUGAACCCCAUCGAGGUGGCCAUCGAUGAGAUGAGCAGGAAGGUGGCUGAGCUGCGGGAGCUCUGCUCCAACAGCGAUGUGGACAUGAUCCGCCUGCAGCUCAAACUGCAGGGCAGCAUCAGCGUGCAGGUUAACGCAGGGCCCCUCGCGUACGCCAGGGCCUUCCUGGAUGACGGCAGCACUAAGAAGUACCCCGACAACAAGGUGAAGCAGCUGAAGGAGGUGUUCAGGCAAUUUGUGGACGCUUGCGGGCAAGGCCUGAACAUCAACGAGCGGCUGAUUAAAGAAGACCAGCAGGAGUACCAUGACGAGAUGAAGGCCAACUACAGAGACCUGGCCAGAGAGCUGUCCGUCAUCAUGCACGAGACGAUCAACACGGUGGAGGAUGGGCUGAAGAACGUUCUGCCGGACUCUCUGCACAUCUUCAAUGCCAUCAGCGGCACCCCCACCGGCGCCACCAUACAGGGCAUCCCCAGCUCCACCUCUGUGGCCUGAAUUCAACUCUGACCCCUGAACUUUGACCUACCCCCUUCCACGGUCUCUGAGAGGGAAAAGGAGAGGGAGAGGGAGAGGCGGUCAGCACUGCCUCAGGACUCACCUACGGCACCAGGUGUGAUGCUGGAGCAGGUGACCUGGCCGUGGCGAGCCAACCCUGUAGACCGAUGAGCAAGAGACCAUAGACUGUGCAUUUACCCUGAAGCUCCUGCUGUCUCACAGAACAUCUCUUUCUCUCACUCUCUCCCUGUGGUGUGCAUUGGUGAUUGGCCAGGAAUUACCUGGUGCUUGGAAUGGAAUACAUACAAAUGUGAACAAACUAAGGGGUUGGAGAGGCAAAGGUGGAUGGGGUCGGGUGAGUUAAGGUGGGAUUGGGUGA